AUGGAUGUAUUAGAAUUAAUUCGUAGUAGUACAAAAUAUGUUAGUGAUCAAUCAAAACAUGUAACGAUCAAUGAAGAUGCACUCGCAAAGGAGUGUGAUUUGUUCUUGGAGGAGAAUAAAAAGAAGAAGCAUAAGGAGAUCUGGGCAGACAAUGAAUUCCACUAUUGCGAUGUUGAUAGAACACAAAAGGAUGCGAAUCACGAGACCUACUAUUCAGAGUCAACUGCACAAUAUAUCAUCGUUAUGGACGCACUCAACCAUUGCUUUUGGCCUGACGAAUCACUCGAAUACCAUCAUUUGGCACGUGGACUCAAACAAGCUAUUGAAAAGGAUGCACAUGUCUUUGACGCAGCACGUCUCUCUCAAGUGACACCUGCAACACUACACCAAUGGUUUGGUCGUGAACUACCAAACAUCGAAGAACGUUGUAGACUAUUACGUGAAGUUGGUGAUGCUCUCACACAACAUUUUGGAGGUAGCAUUAAAGAAUUGAUUCUAUCUGCUAAUCAUAAUGCUUCAUCUUUAGUUGAUAUUGUAUCAAGAUACUUUUGGGGAUUUAGAGAUACAAGUAUAUACAAGGGUAGACAAAUAUUCCUUUACAAGAGAGCACAAAUCUUUGUUGGUGAUUUGUGGGGAGCCUAUGAAGGUAAGGGGUUGGGCAAAUUCAAAGAUAUCGAUCGUUUGACCAUGUUUGCAGAUUACCGUGUUCCACAGAUCCUUCGUCAUAUGAAUGUAUUGCAAUACUCUGAGGAAUUGUCUGCAUUGGUAGACUCUAAAAAGGAGGUUGCCGUCGGAUCAGAGAUGGAGUUGGAAAUCCGUGCCGUCACAGUUCAAGCCGUCGAACGUAUGAGAGACAUCUUUAACAAAAAUCAUUGUUCAUUAUUGGCACUCGAAGUAGAUUGGAUGUUAUGGGGUCGUGGUGAAGCAAUGCUUGAUACUUUACCUCCACAUCAUCGUACAUUUACCAUUUUCUAUUAA